AUGUCGAGCAAAGCGGCAUUGAAGGCCGUGCGAGCGGCUUUGGAAUCGAAGAAUUACCAAGCUGCUGCAGAAAAAGCCAAGGAGCUUGUCAGGAACGAGCCUAACAAUUACCACGCGAAUGUCUUCCUCGGUCUUGCCAGCGAUCGCUUGAAUAAGAAUAUUGACGCAGAGAAUGCCUAUUUUGCUGCGACCGGUAUCAAUCCCGACGAUAAAACUGCUUGGCAGGGCUUGAUCUCCCUGUACGAGAAACAGGGUGGCUGCAACCAUGAUGGCUAUCACAAGGCAGUCAUUGCUCUUGGAAAGAUAUUCGCUCAGACCGACGAGAAGGAACGCUGCCAAGAUCUGAUUAACAAAUACACACAGUUGAUGAAGAGGAAUGGGACAUCGACUCAACACAAGCAUGCAUUGGAACUCCAGCUACCGGGCUCACCUCUGUACGACUUCCUUGAGGGCCGGUUGCCUCGUCCGUCCCAAACAUACCAGCGAUUGAUUGAAAUCACCGAGCGCCAAGAAAGAGAGUUUAUCAAUCGUGAGAUUGGAGAGCGCAGAACGCGUCUUGGUGCUCGUAUCGAACAAGUCACCCAGGAAGUUCGGCGGGAAGCUGCCAACAAGAGCCGAUUGGACCAAUUCUACCAAGGAAUGAUUGAUUGGACCAACGACGAUACAGUACGCCGUCAAUGCGAGGAGAAAUUAUUCCAGCGUGCAUAUGAAGAACUUGGAGUUCUGCCUGAUAGUGAGAAGGAGGCGAAGAGAUCCGCCGUUUUCAAGGCAGCACAUGACAUGGUGAUUAUCAAACAUCCAUUUGAACCCGCAUGGAAGGUUUUCCUGGGGUGGCAGGAUGUUCAAGAUUUCUCCCAGUACGACGUCGGGCAGCUGCGCGAGUACAUUGAGUUUUUCCCGGAAUCUGGUCUCUCGCAGGUGCUCAAAGGAUUUUUAUUGAGCGAACUAUCCCCAUUUCCCAAGGACCCUUCAAACGAAACAGACGACAAGGAUGCCAAAGAUGGCAAGGAAACCACAGCCAAUCAACCUGAUAACGAAAUUGCUGACGAUGCAACUGUUCCUCAAGACCCUCUUGCCGUUAUGGUUGAGGGUUUGGACUCCGCUCGAGAUUCAAUUCUUGCCCACCGCAUCAUGGCAGAUGUCUACCUCUCUUUCAAUGAGUAUGAGAGCGUGAUCAAUGUUGCUCGUAAGGGAUUACUGUACGUUGAGAACUUGGUAAAGUACAGUGGUGUCAAGAUCCCCAAUACGAUUGAUGCCUUGAAUAACGCACUUGCGAAUGCCAUGAUUCAUUAUCAAUCUCCCCGGCACCACACAGAUGCGAAAAGAAUCUUUGAGGACAUUCUCGAACGGCACCCAACCUCCUCCAAUUGCCUUCUUGGAAUUGGUCUGAUUUUAAAAGAGGAUCAGGACUACGCAGAGGCUGUUAACUUCCUGCGACGAUCACUUGAGCGCGAUUCUUCUAACCUCAAGAUUCGCGGAGAGCUUGCUUGGUGUGAGGCAUUAAGUGGCGAUCUUGAAGGUGGCCUAGCCAGUCUUCAGACUACACUUCAGGACCUCAACGAAGCUCAACCGGACAACAGGGUGUUCAGAUCCGAGCUUUUUUACCGCAUUGGUUACUGCCAGUGGGAGCUUGACCCGUCGCCAGCCGCGCGCAAAGAUCGCAGUGGUGCUUAUGCUAGCCUCUUUGCUUCUAUUCAAGCGAAUAUGAACUUCGCUCCAGCAUACACCAUUCUUGGUUUUUACUACGCAGACUACAAGAAAGAUAAGACCAGAGCUCGGAGAUGCUUCCACAAGGCAUUUGAACUGUCAACAUCCGAGAUUGAGGCCGCCGAGCGUCUUGCCAACGGCUUUGCUGACUCGAAGGAAUGGGACCUUGUGGAAGCAAUUGCGCAGCGGGUGGUUGACUCCGGUAAGGCCAGGCCUGCUCCUGGGUCGAAACGCAAAGGAUUCAGCUGGCCGUAUGCAGCAUUGGGGUCGGUUCAGGUUAACAAACAACAAUACAGUAAAAGUGUCGUGUCCUUCCAAGCAGCGCUACGACUCAAGCCAACUGAUUACCACUCUUGGGUCGGCCUUGCCGAGAGCUAUCACCACUCUGGUCGAUACAACGCCGCCACCAAGGCAUUUGAGCAAGCAAAACUAUUGGAACCGGAGCUUUCAGCCAAAGACAAGGAUCAUGUAUGGUUCGCAAGUUAUAUGCUGGCAAACGUCAGGCGGGAGCUUGGCCAGUACGAAGACGCCAUCGCUGCCUACGAACAUGUCCUGAAAUCCCGCCCUGAUGACGUUGGUGUGACUCUCGCACUUCUUCAGACACUAACUGAGAGUUCGACGAAGAGCCUUGCCGUGGGCCUCUUCAACGAUGCGGCAGAGCUUGCAUACCAAGCCAUUUCGGUGGCCAGCUCGCUUGUGCAAAUCCAAAGCGAUAUCUUCAACUUAUGGAAGGCUGUAGGCGAUGCCUUGGCCAACUUCUCAUACAUGAAGGCUAAGGCUGGAAAGCUGUCUGCUUCUAGCUGCAAGGCUUUACUAGCCGUUAAUCUCGAUCCUAUGGCCCUUGAUGCCAUGACCGAUAUCGAUGGUGUCGGAACUGAUUGGCUCGCAGCCAAUGAAAGUGAAGAAUCGAUGCCAUCUGACUUCUACAUUCACAUGUCUAUCAUCGCCUAUAAACGUGCACUCCAUGUUGCGGCGAAUGAUCCUCAUUCCCAAGGAGUUGCCUGGUACAACCUUGGCUGGGCGGAAUAUUUGGCCCAUCGCAGUGUGCAACCGGAUCCGACUAAAAAAAGUAAGAAGUCUCGCAAGUUCCUGAAAGCAGCCAUGCGAUGUUUCAAGAGAGCAAUCGAAUCGGAGGCGGGAAAUGCCGAUUUCUGGAACUCAUUGGGUGUUGUUACUGCUAGCAUGAGUCCCAAGGUCUCCCAGCAUGCGUUGGUGCGAAGUUUGCACUUGAACGAACGCAACGCGCAAGUUUGGACCAACCUUGGAGCACUCUAUCUCCUCCACGAUGAAGGCCAACAAUCAUACAAGACCUUCUUGCGAGCGCAGGCCACCGACCCAGACUAUUCACUGGCCUGGGUGGGCCAAGGCUUUGUUUCCCUUGUUUCCUCUGAGACACAGGAGGCCAGGGGUUAUUUUGAGCAUGCCUUUGACAUCUCGAACUCAUCCGAUAUUCUCACUAAGCGCCAGUUCAGCCUGACCCACUUCGACCAUUUGAAUGCCACUUCUGCAUCCGAGGUGUCCGAACUCAUUCAGCCAUUCUUUGCGCUGCACCAGCUUUGCAUUCAGGAUCCGUCAAACUUGCCGUUUGUGCACCUUUCCGCCCUAUUGGCAGAAAGGAUGGGCGAGACCACAGAUGCCGAGUCUAGUCUGCAGGUUGUUUGUUCCGACAUGGAAGAAGAGUUCGAACAGACCGAGUCGCCAUCCUCGCUUUCGAGAUAUGCCCAAGCAAAUGCAGAUAUGGCUCGUGUCCUGCUUGCAGGCCGUUCUUAUACGGAUGCUGCGGAGAAAGCCGAACUUGCGCUCAUGCUCUCUGGGGAAGAAGACGCGGAGAAAUUCGAUCCCGAAACUCGCAAGAAGCUUCGUCUGUCUGCGCAUCUGACUGCUGGUCUAGCGUUUUACAAUCUGAAGUCUAUGGAUCAAGCCAUAGAUAUGUUCCGCGAUGCCCUUGAAGAAGCACAAAAUGCCCCAGAUGUUGUCUGUCUUCUUGCCCAGGUCCUGUGGGCCAAGGGUGGCGAGGAGAAUCGAGCUGUUGCUCGCGAGCAACUACUGGAUUGUGUGAUGAAUCACCCUGGCCAUAUCGGAGCAGUCACACUUUUGGGUGCCAUCGCUCUCCUCGAUGCGGAUCGGGACGCCAUUGAAGCAGUUGAAUCGGACCUUAAAAGCAUUAUCUCGCGCGAUGACAUCGAUCUCCACGACCGUGCUAAAAUCUUCAAACUCCUUAGUGCCAUCUCAGCAAUGGGACUCGACGAUAAUGCAGCCGUCCCCGAAAACAUCAGACGCAUUGGUAAUGCCACUGCAGCCGUGAUGCUUACACCUGGACAACCUGCCGGAUGGAUGGAGUUGUCGAUAGCGUCACGAAACCCGUACCCCGCGGCGAUGACUAUCAAACGCGCUCUGCGGAGCGUGCCUCCUUACGGCAACCUUGGAGCUGAGAAUCUCAGCCAAGCCUAUACACAAACCGGGAAGGUCGGUGACGCAUUGCGUGCGAUCAUGAUUGCCCCGUGGAAACGGAAUGGAUGGGAGCAAUUGAGCCACAAAGUACCUACCCAGAACAUGUGGAAUCGUCGCACAGGCCAUGGACCGCAGUAA